UAUUCCACUUUUUCCUCCAUUUCUACUUCUCCCAUUCCCAAAUUUCCCCUCGUCUUUCCUUUCUCGGCUCAAUUCUCCUGCAAUCAAGUAAUUCCUCUGCUCAAUUCUAUACCUCGAUCCGCGCAAUUCGAUUUUGUCAUUCACUACAAUUAGGAAUUUGAAGCUGAGAAUUAGUAAGGAAUGUGAAAUUGGAAUUCUAAAUGUUUGGAAUUAUUAGGUCAAACCUACAUUUAUUGUAUGUGAAUUUUGCAUGCAUUUAUUAGCUUCAAUAAAUGAACUACGGAUCAUCGUUGUUGUUUCCUUAUUUGGUUAAUACUGUUGCGUUGGUAGUAAUGGUUAGAUAAUAUAUACAGCUAUAGGUUUAUUUGUUUUAAAAAGUGAUUAUUCGAUUAGCUGUGUCGUGUGUUCAUUAAUUGAAUGUUGAUCUCGCAUUAAUUUAUUUUUUUCAUUAAGUGGAUUGGUUUAGGUAUAUAUUUCUGUGUGAUAAAGCAAUUAAAGUUCCAGAUUUGUUAACUUAGCUGAUUCAUUUGGUUUUGAUGUUAGGUGUUUUGAGUUUCUGGACGGCGGUAUGAAUCUGUAACAUCUAUUUAUGUCGUGUUAUUACUUUUCAUUUCCAUGGUAUAAAUGUGAAUUACACAUACUAUAGUAGCCAUGGAUGCAUUUAAUAACUCAGCAUUUUUCUGCAUAAUGUAUCAAUAGUUUGAUUUGGUGAUUUCUUCAAAUUGAUAGCUGUUUUGUGUGUAUUAUAAGCUUUGUUAGAUGUGCUUGAGCAAAUGGGCCACAGCAGUACUGCUGAGAGUGAAGAUGGCGUGCUCUCUGCUGAUUCACCUCUGAGUACCGAUGGCGAUAAUUUUGGUGGAAGCUCUAGCGGGGGCAUUGUUCUGAAGAAAGGGCCGUGGACAGCGGCUGAGGAUGCGAUUUUAGUCGAGUAUGUGAAGAAGCAUGGAGAAGGCAAUUGGAACGCAGUUCAGAAGCAUACAGGGCUUGCACGGUGUGGUAAAAGCUGCCGGUUGAGGUGGGCUAAUCACUUGAGACCUAACCUGAAAAAAGGAGCAUUUACAUCAGAAGAAGAGCGGAUUAUAAUCGAGCUUCAUGCCAAGAUGGGGAACAAAUGGGCACGAAUGGCAGCACAUUUGCCAGGGAGGACAGACAAUGAGAUAAAGAACUAUUGGAAUACUCGAAUAAAAAGGCGUCAACGUGCCGGUUUAUCCCUUUAUCCUCCUGAUUUAUGCCUACAAUCGCUUCCAGAGAAUCAGCAACAACUUAGUUCGCCCAGGAUAUAUGAUGGAGAUAAAGCAUGUGAUAUCUUGCAAAAUAAUGGUUACUGGGCACCUAAUAUCAUGUUUGAUGGUUUAAACAAUUUAAGAUAUGCACCAGCAGUCCCAGGUAUUCCUGGCAGCGUAUCAAUGGGUAACGGUUUUGCUUCUCCUCACUCUUAUGGUUUUGUCCCUCAAACUAUAGGGGUCUCUGGACAGGCUCAAGAACCAGAUGAGCCUAUGUCAGACUAUGGAAGUGGUGGUGUCAAUGAGGCACCUAUGUUUAGCAGGACUCGAACUGAUGGUUGUGUCAACAAAUCAUUUCAGUCCUUUGGUCUAUGUUACCCUUAUGACACUGACCACACCAAGAAACUGUUGUCUUCUGAUUUUAAUCAGGACACACCUUUUAUGUCAGAUGUCACUUACUCUGCUUCAGAGCACUUUGCAAAUGCUCAGAAGUCGGAGCUCCCUUCACUCCAAUAUCAAGAGACUGGACUAGGUGUCUGGGAUCCUCCACCUGAAUCAUUCGAUUCUUUGGUCCAGUCUCCUCUACCAGGCCCACUCCCAUCGCAUUGUCCUUCGCCAGGGAGCAGUGGCCUUUUAGAAGAUUUAAUUUAUGAAGCUAUGGCUCUGGGAAGGUCGGAGAAUCAAUCUUCGGUCUUGGCCACUUCAUCUAACGUCAGCCAUGGAGAAGUAACAGAUGGUUCUGCCCUUAGAACAUGCUCCACAGAGUUCAAAGGCUGUAUUGAUCGCAAUUCUCCAUCAGUGCACCAUGUGAAGUCAGAAGUGUUUGAUCCAAGUUGGAUCCUAGAUGGUGAAAGCAAAGUGGACUAUUCGAGACCGGAUGCUAUGCUAGGAUCAUGCUGGGUCGAGCAGAGUGGCCAGUCUUCGAAGCAGAGGGGCUCGACAACUGAUUCUAUUGCAGCUCUUCUGGGAGACACUUCUGCUUCUGCUUCAACUCGAGGCUUUACUUCAUGCUCAUGGAAUAACUUGCCACCGGUCUGCCAAAUCUCCGACAUUCCAUGAACCACCAAAACUCAAUUUAUAACAUUGUUUUUUUUGCGAUUUGCAUGAACCAAGACGAUUAUCACAAUAACCCUCUUGUAUGAUGAAUUCCAUUGGCGAAACUAUCCUACCCAUUUUCCCAUUCUCAACCAUA